GAUUAGUAUAUCAAUUGCCACCGACUGAAUUGCACGGAAUCUAGCAGAGCAAAUAAGUUUCGAAAUUGCAGCAUGGACUUGGCCGGCAAAAAUGUGGUUUACCUUGGCGGAUUCGGCGGCAUAGGCCAGAAAUGUGUACAAGAACUGCUCCAGCGGCCAAUAAAGGCGCUGGCCAUUUUCGAUUUGACUGAGAAUGGCCAACUCUUGGCUGAUUGGAAAAGCAAAAAUCCCAACACGGAUAUUAUCUACCAAAAAGUCGACAUCACUCAGAAAUCGGAUAUAGAAGCGGCCUAUAAGGUGACCGCUGAGAGAUUCGGUCACUUCGAUGUGGUGGUUAAUGGCAGUGGACUGAUGAACGAUCGUCUGGUCGAACUUUCCAUUCAAAUUAAUCUGCUGGGCGUUAUAAACAGCACUUUGACCGCUCUGGAGUACAUGGACAAGGCAAAGGGUGGUAAGGGUGGACUCAUAGUGAAUAUAUCAUCGGUGGCUGGACUCGAACCCACUGCUCUAAUGGCCAUUUACUCGGCGGCCAAGACGGGAGUUACCACUUUUACUAGGGCCAUGGCUAAUCCCAUUUACUACGCUCACUCUGGCGUUGGCUUUAUAACCAUUUGUCCGGGAUUCACGGACACUGGACUCCUAGAGGAUAUUGGUAAUAAGACUACAUUCACUUACGAUACACCCAUGCUGGCCAUGUUUAACAGGGUGAAGAGACAGACCGCGGAGGAUUGCGCCAGGAACUUGGUCCUGGCCAUAGAGACAGCCAAAAAUGGAGCAGUUCUAAUGCUGGAGUUGGGUGAAUCCCAGGAGUUGGAUAUGCCGGUCAUGUGGAAGCCCCAGAUAGAGAAUUAGUUCUGCGUUGUUAUUAUUUCUAAUGUAUAUGCAUUCAUAUGUAAUCUCUUUGAAAAGGUUGGUGAUUUAAAAAUAAAAUUCGAUUAAGUUAAUCA